AUGCGCGUCAAGAAGUGGUCCGAGGAGGUUCAGGCACAAGUGCAGCGAGUCGUCGGCGACAAUCGAGCUUCGUGGCGCCAAACAAUUGAGUGGGCACGUCGGAAAAUGGAGGAAGGAGAAGGCGACUCGCUCCAACAGGGCCGUCGCCGCAUGCGCGAGGUGACACAGAAGAUCCGUGAGUUGUUCAGGGCUUCCUUGGACUAUCAGCAGCCGCCGAAAAAGGACGAGGUUUCUCGAGAGCAGGACGGGCAGCGCCGACGCAGCAACGGUGAAGGGGUUGAGCAUCGAGAGUUGCUCCCAGUCCGGAAGACAAGGGCCGAGGCGAGUAUCGAAAGGCAGUCCCAAGGCAAGAGUGUCGCAGUCGAGACGGGUCAAUCGGGCGCGCCGCGAUCACACCCAAGCGACGAUAGACGAAGCCACCGGCGAACAGGAGAAUCGGUCGGCAGGAGACUCCGACCAACGAGUGCCUCGUUACUUCGAGACAGCAAUCCUGCUGCCGGAGCGCUUACGCAAAGCCAAUCAUGGGACCAAUGCGAAGAAAAGCUCAACAUCAUCCUGGAUGAAGUGCGAAAGCUGACGCAAGGGGGUGGUCCGGCCCAAACGGACCGCUACUCGACGCAGAAUCGGAACGACUGUCGAGAGCUGGAUCCCCCGCUUGCGGAGCCCUUCCGUCAACGUCACGUUAGGUGUCUUAUUUCGAGGAGAACCCUUUUCGGCAACGAUCUCGGGGAAUGGGCUCGAAACGUCAAGGCCAUCGUGGACUGCAAGAACGAGGAUGGCCAUCACCACCCGGACUUCGUCCUCGCCUGUCGGAAAGAAUGGUAUGGUUCGGGAGGGGAUUACUUCCAGUAUUUCCUUGCAUUUGCCGGCUCGGAGAGUAUGCUAAAGCUCCUCCCUACUAUCAAUUCAGAUUCGAGUCGAUACACGACGGAUUCAUUCAUCGCCGGACUUAUCGUUGGUAGUGUGCCAGAAGCCGCCAUGAUUGCGCCACUGCUUCAACGAGACGGCCAAGUGCAGAUGUCUCUUGGUUGGGGUCUCUUGCGCGUCCUAACCGGCGGAAGCGCCACGCUCUGUUUGCGUCAGCUCUUCUAA